GAGUUCGAGUUGGCUUUUUUGAAGUUUCUUCCAGUCGCCAGCGUCCGUACAAAAGUAGGUUGACAAAGCAUUCGAAAAAGUUUGGAACCAGUUUGAAUUAGUAGAAUUUUGUUGCGGUUUUUCUUAAAAUUUAUCUCAAGACGCGUUUGUUCCAUCAGUAGCAAAAUCAGAUUGGCUGUUACCAUUUUAUAGAAAGAUUUUGCAAGAUAGUGUUUUGUUUAUUCAACUAACAAGGCACCAAGUGUUAGCAGAUACGAUGGCCGAUAAUCAACAGAAACCGGGACCUUCAAAUCAAGAUCAAAAGGGAAGCGGUGACAACGAGCAGAAAGCUCAAGGAAGAAAGAGGAAGCUAUCCACGAAGCGCUCUAACGCCAACAAGCGGAAUGGCCCCAACGAAAGUGAAAUGGAGAUCGAUGCGGAGAAGAUCAAAUUCCUGCUGGAUCCGGUUCUGAACGCGUUGCGGAGCUUGCAGAAUGGCAACGAGAAUGAAACUAUGAGGACGUUGAUUUCCACUCUUCAGCCAUCGCAAAUGGAGAUUGAGAUGGCUUUGACCAAGGUCAAAAUAGAUCUCGAUCGGAUGCUUGGUUUUCCGAACAAUAAUUUCCAAAUUUACGACUUUGGAUCCAUCAAGUCGGGACUGGCGUUCCGAGAUUCGGAUUUGGAUUUUUACGUUCACUACGAGAAAAAUAGUGAUAAUAAGCAGGAGCAAACCAAGCUGAUCCACAUCAUCCAUGGUCGGAUGGCACGAGAUGGGACGUUUCACGGUCUGGUGAAGAUUCUGGGUGCCAAAGUGCCACUGCUGCGGGCUAUCCACGGUCCCACUAAUUUGACGUGUGACAUCAAUUUCUCUAAUGCUAGAGGAUGCUAUAACAGCAAGUUUAUUUAUGCAGUUAUAAGAUUUGAACCACGCAUUCAUAAACUGGCAAUAAUCAUCAAGUUCUGGGCGAAAUGCGCCUUCCUGUUGACUAAUCAUCGUCAGAUGAACACCUACUGCAUCAUAAUGAUGUUGAUUUUCUAUUUGCAAACUAAAAAACUCCCUUUGCUGCCAGCAGUUCAGGAUCUCCAGAAAGGAAUCCCUCGGGUUGGCUUCGGUGCAUGGAACCUCGGUUACCCGAAGGACAUCGAGUUUACUUCGAUGAACAAGGAAUCGAUCCGUUCGCUGCUGUUGAACUUUUUCAAGUAUUAUUCCAAUUUUGAAUUCGAAAAGAACCUCAUUUCGCCCUAUGUAGGGCGAUUGUGCGAAGUUGAGGAGAUGAAGCAGAAAAAGGUUCGGGAGUUGCAAUCGUACUACCGAGCUGUUGAGCACCAUUCUUAUCCGGAAUUCAAUUUUGGUACGCAAAUAUCCAUCCAGGAUCCGUUCGAAUUGAAUAUGAACAUCGGAGGUGUUUGCAACUCGGCGGCUCACUUCGAGCAGUUUAAGCUUAGUUUCAAAACUGCACACAAGGUCAUGACCGAAACCAAUACGGAACCGUUUGCUAAGGUGUUGGAAAGUUUGUUCACCAAAACCAAACGGUACCAAAAACAAACCAAGAGUUCAGUUGUACCCGUUGUUUCUAAUAAUGGAACCAUCCCUAAAACGGUGGAUGUUUCCGCCCACUGGAGAAUAUGUCGGUUGCUGCCGGUCGAGUACGAGUUGUUCAUCGUACGCCAAAUCUUACUGGCCAGAAAGACCGACAAAAACGCCAUCAUAACCGAGCGGCAAAUCAAGGAUGUGUGGGCCGAUUGCAUGCUGGACUUUAUUGACGAUAUCCUGCAGAAGAUCUAUCUCUGCAAGAUUGAGCCCAUAAAGGAUGCCGAACGAGCAACAAGCGUUCCUAACAACAUUAAGAAGGACGACAUUCGUACGUUCGAAUUAUCAUGCGAGCGUCAAGUAAUCUUCAAACGGACCCGACUGCAAAUCAACAACGAGGAAGAGCUGAACAACGAAAUCGCCAUCAGCAAGAACCGAUGGGAGAUGAACAAAGCGCUGACGUUCACCACUCGGGUCGAUAUGUUCAAGUCCAAUGAUGCCAUCGAGUUUCACAUUCCGGAGGAACACCACAAGAACGGAUCGAUCCGGGUGUUCAUCGAGGCCUGCUUCCUGACGCAGAUUCGCAAAUGCAUCAAAGGUUACUUCAAGGUGAUGCUGGCCAAGGCGGAAGCGAAGGCAAAGGCCGCUGCCACUGGAGCUGUACCCACGGAGGUCGAAGGGAACGCACAAACCGCACAAUGAAGAGGCCGAAACGAGGAAUGGAUGCGUGUUCAGUAUAUUUGGCGAUAGAUGGCAGUUAUCGCAGUACAUUUUUAUGUUUUUCUUAAAAUGAUUACGCUUUUAAGUUUUACUACUUCUUGUUUACACGUGUGAUAGGUUUGAUUAACCUAGAAGCUAAGUUCUUGAUUCAAUGAAAUUUGAAGGAAUAAAGCGUGAAUCAAUAAAAGAAACAA